UUUUGUUCCAAGGCACUUCGCCUGAUACUUUUUCAAGUUGCAUUUAUUUGCCCAGUUCGAUUGUCAUCAAGGUAAGUAUUAGAUUAAAAGGGCCGAUUCUGUCUGAAAAAGGUUAAACAAGAUAAGACAGAAUUAUUGUUUAUUUUAUUUUGUCGUAUGACUCCUCAGAGAGAGUUACUAGAACGUAUUGAGUCAUUUAGAACAUUCAUUGAACUAAUCGGUUACGUAUUCUGGAAGGAAGUGUAUUGUUUGCGGUCAGGGUUCAUUUUUAAGACGUCAGCCAAGAAGUGUUAUUAACCUAAAAUUAUAGCUAUAAAAAGAAAAAUUGAACCUAACCCAGUUUUUUCAAUGGGUUACAGCGAGGGUCCAGACAAAGGCCAUGCUUGGGCUAUUGCAAUUGCUGCAGCUGUGAUUACUAUGAUCCUGUCUGGUAUAUCGAAAAUGGUUGGAAUUCUAUACGUAGCUGUUAUAGAUACUUAUGGCGUCAGUAGGCAACAAGCAACAUUGCCAUUUACCUUUCGAAAAGCUCUUCGAUGCUUGGCAGGUCCUGUUGUGGGAAUUAUGGGCCAACGGUACGGUGUCCGUGCUGUUACGCUGGCUGGUGGUUUUGUGGCAGCACUUGGCGCUGCUCUGUGCUUCGUAGCGCCAACAGUAGAAUGGAUGGCGUUCUGUUGGGGAGGUGUUCAUGGUUUGGGAGAGUCUUUUGCAAAUACUUUAUUCCAAGUGGUAGUGAACCAAUAUUUUGUGAAAUAUCGCUCAACAUCGUCUGGCAUCGCCAUGUCCGGGGCUUGCAUAGGAUCAGUAUGCUUCUCAUUCCUUAUUGAAGAACUCCGGGAUGCUUAUGGACUGCAGGGAACUUUUCUUGUUCUAUCGGGUGUCAUUCUAAAUGUUCUCCCGGCAGCAAUAUUACUGCGGCCACCCAGCUGGAUUGGAAAGAAUGGAACUUCGAAACCAAAGAAUUUCCAAGAAAGUGUGAAACAGAGACCACGCAUGUACAUGAUACCAGAUGACUAUGUCAAAUCCAAUGCUGACAAACGCAUGAGCACCAUCUCUCUUAACCCCUCCAUGCUAGAAAAGAACCAAAUUUUGAGUGCUGCCAAUUUGCCCGCAAAAGCGAAUUCCACCACCAAUCUUGUUGCCAACUUAGAAAAGAAACUAGAAGGCGAAAAAGGAUACAAUAAUUUAGCGUUUGCAGUGGAAAAUGAGAAGCAGAUGGUGAAACCACGCUUGGAGAAACAACUCAGUAUUCAGAAUAUAUUCACAACUUCAAAAGAAAGUCUAUACGAGUCCAUUCCGAGCAGCUACGAGCUGAACGAGAAAAACUUAAAAGCUGAAACCCCCAAAACCAAACAAAUCAAUAAAGACGACAAUGCAGCAAAACCUCAAAGCUUUACGGAAAGUUUCAAAAUGAUUGGAAGGUUGUACAAGAAUCCUCUUUACCUGCUUGUUUGCGCAACUCAGGCUGCCUAUGUCUUACUCUUCAUACCUCUGAUGAUGAGUGUUGUGGACUAUGGAAGAGAUAAAGGUUUACCAGAAACAGUUGGAAAAUAUCUAAUUCAUGCAACAGCUGUUGGAGAUAUUCUUGGACGUCUCUGUUUUGGGUGGGUGACUGACAAAGAAUUCAUCACGAUUCCUCACUAUGUCACGAUGACUCUGAUUCUGGAAGGGGUCUUCAUCUUGUUCUUGCCAUCUACUAGCAGCCUGGCGGGAUUCCUGAUUAUUCUGGCUUUCUAUUGCAUGACAGCAGGCAGCAUGUUGGUGCGAAUGCCAGUUCUUGUUCUCAAACACGUCAAGAAAGAAGAACAGUCCAUCGCUAUGGGAUGCUACGGAUUUGUGUCUGGACUAGUUCCUUUCACCGUUCCAAGUCUCAUCGGUUAUUUCCGAGAUAACGUAGGAUCGUAUGAUGGAAUGUAUUACUUGAUGGGCUCGCUUUCUAUAGUAGCAGGCCUGAUGUGGCUAUUUGAGCCAAUGCUUGCCAGACUCAACGAAAGGAUGCAAAACCCUGUUGAAGAUGAAGUUAAAGUUUGAACAUCACUAGUUCAAAUGUUAGGAAAAAUUCCUAAAAGUAAAAAAGAACAUUUUGAUCAAGAGGAAGAAGUUAACGCUGCCUCUUGACUCAACGUGAUGGCGAAGGAAUGAUUAUUGGCAGUUUGCUACAAGAUCAUAGAUUUGGACAGUUAUGAAAGCAUAUAGUUUCAUGAUGAAACCAUGAAACAAAAAAUUUCAGGAUCGACAAAGAAGAAUAUAGGUUCAAACCAAAGGAUUUAAAGAAAUUUACUAGCCAUCGACAGACUUUACUUUGCUUUCCCGCAAGUACGAUGUCCUCGAUACCGUGGAAAUCAUGUCAAGUUGCUGCAGUAUAGCCAAGUUGAAGUUUUCUUUGAGCAUGGUGUCCUGCAAGUACAAUGUCGUCGAUAACAAUCGUGCAAUGCAACCUCAAGGUUUCUCAAAACCACUUUGUGGUUUACGAGUUUAACAGGGCCCUGAAGACUGUCAUCGAUACCGUGGAAAACUUGUUAAGUUGCUGCAGAAUAUCCAAGAUGAAGUUUUCUUUGCUGGUGGUGUCUUGCAAAUAAGAUGUCAUCAGUAACGUUAAGUCGCUGAAGAAUAUCCAACUGGAAGCUUUCUUUGAGCGUGGAAGAGUUGCCUGAGCGUGUGUUAGUUGCCAAAUAUCGUCGUUCUUUGUUGUUUACAAAUGAUGGUUAGCUGUUAUUAAGAAUACCAUUUAAAAAAAAAGAAAUCUCAUUUCUGCUGGAAUAAGAAAGUAAUGGCACACAAGUGAAAAACAGAUACGGAAAAGAAAAUCUUGGGAGAUAUUUUGGACAAAUAAGCAUUAUGUUUUUGAUAUACACUGUUAAAAAUUCAGGAAGAUUUUCUGGUAGUUGUUACUGUAAAAUGGUGGACUUACAGCAUCGCUGAUUUUUACGGUAAUUUAUACCGGAGAAAUAAGCGAUCCCAGCUCCAAUUGGUUGCUGUGGCUUACCGAGGAAACCGUAUAUUUUUACAGUAACAUUUGAUUUUUACGGUAAUAGUUACUGGCAACAUGGAUGCCAGUAACAAUUACUGUAAAUUUUCCGGGAAAUUCUUAACUAUGUAGUAAAAUACUGAAAGCGCUGUAAAAGCUACUUGAGCUUUGGAACCAUCCAGAAUGAAGUUACAAGGGCUAAAAAUGAUGGCCCUAUGAAGCGGAAGGCUAUUUCGGGUGUACUUAUAUUUUUAAUGAGUAAACUUAGUUAAUUUUUAAAUUUGAUUGCAGAGAAGUUUGAAUUCUUCCAUUCAAUCGUUUUCUCUAAGCAAGUAAAGAAGGUCAAUACAAUUGGAACUUGUUUAGUGUGAAAAAUCGAGUAAGAUUUGAUGUAUGAAUAAAUUACGAAAACUCAAAAAACGCGAGGAAUUUUAUUGAUGGCUGAGGCUAAUAUGAUACAGAAAGUGAAAAAGUUUAUUUUAGUGAUUAGUAAAAGAUGAUGAAUGUUGCAUAUGAAAUACCACGAAGAAUGAUUCGUGGCAGUGAAAGACGGAAUGAAUUCUAGGUAAUUAAUAUGAUAACAAUGGAUAUCUAAGAAGUGUGGACAAUGGUAGAUUUGACUAAAAACUGCUUGAAUUAAAAAAAAAAGAUCUGGAAAAGAUGCACGAUUACAAAACAUGUCUCAAAUGAAAUGCAAAAGUUAAGAUUCCUGCAAUUUAUUUUAAAACUGUUAGUUUGUUGCUUUGUUGAAAUCGUAUGAUUUAGAAAAAUAAAAAUAUUUUAUUUGAAAUAAUGCCGAAAUUAAAAAAAAAAACUAUAAAGACAAUGCUGUGAAACUAUGACUCUUCUUUUGCACUUAAAUUAUUUUUUAUGUAUUAAAGAAGAUAUUUAGUUUUUGU